AAGUCACAUUUUUUUUUGUACAAGAAAAUAGUUUCACUUGUACAAAAAUCAGUCUGAAAUGGAUCUGAAAAUGUUGCAACAUUUAAAUAGAGCAAUGAUUCAUCAAUAUCUCUAACUUAUGUAGGACGGAGGAGGGUGUAUAAACCCCGCCCAGGGGUGUCGGCCUUUAAGGUGUGACACAGUUUGAGUUGGAUACAAACUGGAGCUGACGGGGAGUCUCUGUCACUGCUCAUCACAUCAUCAGAGGAGCGACUGAAUCACCAAAAGGUCAACUCUCGCACCGAGCCGGCUCUGACAGACAGUCCCAGAAUGACGCACCAGUUCCCAACACUCUCCGAGGCUCAGAAGAGGGAGCUCCAUGAGACGGCUCUACGCAUAGUUUCUCCAGGGAAGGGCAUCCUGGCUGCAGAUGAGUCUGUGGGCAGCAUGGCUAAGCGGCUGGCCCAGGUGGGGGUGGAGAACACGGAGGAAAAUCGCAGGCAGUUUCGUCAGAUCCUCUUCAGUGCGGACGAUCGCAUCAACAGCUGCAUUGGCGGCGUCAUCUUCUUCCACGAGACCCUGUACCAGCACUCUGACAACGGCGUUGCCUUUGUGAAAAUGAUCCGGGACAGGGGCAUCCUGGUUGGGGUCAAGGUGGAUAAAGGCGUCGUUCCCCUGGCGGGAACGUGCGGGGAGACCACCACACAAGGCCUGGACGGACUGGCGGAGCGCUGUGCGCAGUACAAGAAGGAUGGAGCGGUCUUUGCAAAGUGGCGUUGCGUGCUCAAGAUCAGCGACUCCAAUCCGUCAAAGCUGGCGAUCGCGGAAAAUGCAAACACCCUGGCGCGCUACUCGAGCAUCUGCCAGCAGAACGGCAUCGUGCCCGUCAUUGAGCCGGAGAUCUUACCUGACGGUGAUCACGAUCUGAAACGCUGCCAGUACGUCACAGAGAAGGUCCUUGCCGCCGUGUACAAGGCCAUGUCGGACCACCACGUGUAUCUGGAAGGCACUCUGCUCAAACCGAACAUGGUGACGCCCGGACACAGCUGCCCCACCAAGUACAGCCCAGAGGAGGUGGCGAUGGCGUCCGUCAGCGCCAUGCGCCGCACCGUCCCCCCCGCCGUCCCAGGGAUUUGCUUCCUCUCUGGAGGUCAGAGUGAAGAGGAGGCCUCCAUCCACCUCAAUGCCAUCAACAACUGCCCUCUGGCUAAACCCUGGGUCCUGACGUUCUCGUUCGGCCGGGCCCUGCAGGCGUCGGCCCUCAGAGCCUGGAGAGGACACAAGGAGAAUGAAAAAACCGCCACAGAGCAGUUCAUUAAGCGAGCGGAGGUGAACAGUCUGGCGUGUCUGGGGAAAUACAGCGGCGGCGAUAACCACGGCGAGGCCGGCCAUCGCAUCUUCGGCUCCUGCCACGCAUACUGAACAAAAAAAAAA